AUGUUCGAUCGCGGCGGUAGCGAGGCGGACUCGUAUACCGACAAGCCCAUGCUGCCCACUGCUCACACUCGCCGCCAACCGCCGCCACCACCAGCCUCGGCGCGCAAACGCAACAACAAAGCAGCUGCUUGGUGGAGCCGUCAAUCAAGAAUUCGCAAGAUCGUCUUUGUCGCCCUGCUUGCCGUCGUGCUCCUUGCGCUCAUCCUCGGCCUCGCACUGGGUCUAACCAUCGGCAAACCAGCCAAAGAAGACUCCGACCCUUCUACCGACUAUGUUCCCUCUACCAUUUCUGGCGAUCGAGCGUCUCUGCUCCAGCAAGGAUAUUGGUACACUGCGCCUAGCAACGGCACCAAUUUCAACUGGACCUCCGCAAACCCCCAAUUGGGCAACUACAGAGCGGAUAGCCAAGGCGUCGACAUCAUCAUCAACACCACCAAUACAUUACAGCCUAUCGAUGGUUUCGGUGGUGCCAUGACCGACAGUUCCGCAUUCUUGUUGAACCGGCUCAAGAGCAGGGAAGCUGGGCUGUACAACAGGCUGAUGGAUUUCAUGUUCAACAACGCCACUGGUGUCGGUGUCACGCGCAUCUCCAUGGGAGCGAGCGACUUCUCGGUCGGACAAGAGUACAGCUACAUCCCUCAACCACCUGCUUUCGCUCAAGCUGCCGAUCAGCUCAGCGAUCCCAAUGCGCUCCUCAGCAGUUUCAGCAUCCAAUCUACCCAGACAACCCAAAACACCAUCCCUGUUCUGGUGGAUGCCUUCAAGCGCAAUCCCAACCUCAAGGUCAUUCUCAGCCCGUGGUCUCCACCCGCGUUCAUGAAGUCGAACAACACCAUGAACGGCGGAACGCUUCGAUCCGGCUUCAUCGGUGUGCUGGCGCAGUACUAUGCCCAGACAGCAGCGGCCUUCACGCAAGCAGGCGUACGACCGUGGGCGAUGACGCUUCAGAAUGAACCCUCCCACAUUGCUUCUUACCCUUCUAUGGGUAUGGAUGCUUCGACCCAGUCGCAGCUCGCAUCUGCGCUCAAGGCCGCACUUGCUCAGCGCGGGUUGGCGCAGGUCCAAGUGUGGGCUCACGACGACAACUACUCCGGCUACCAAACCGCUGCGGACAUUGUCAAUGCCAAUGCGUCGAGCAUCGAUGCCGUCGCCUUCCACUGCUAUCGUGGCGACCCCUCCCAGAUCGCCUCGUUCGAAAGCGCUCUGCAGAACGGCGUAACGAAGACCGUCCACAUGACCGAAUGCACGGGUGUCAACCCUGCCAACCGAUGGUCUGGAAUCCAGGGCUGGUUGAACAACGUCUACUGGCCCGUCGGAAACGCCAACGCACGUUCCAUCGUCCAAUGGAACCUCGCACUAGACAACGGGUACGGUCCUCACCUCGAAUCGUCCUACUGCAGCUCCUGCACCGGAUCCCUCACGCUCUCGUCCGCGGACCAUCCCGCCGACCCUUACGUCGAAUUCAACGAUCAGAUCUACCUCACAUCGCACUUCUCCGCCGCCACCACUGAUCUGACCAACGUCGGCGGUGGACAGGCCGUCCGUGUCGCCGCUAGCCAGGGAACGCUCUACUCGCUCCAGAGGCAGGACUGGGACUGCCUGCGAUGGCUAGCCUACGCUGCGCCGCUGAACGCGAGGAGCUUGCAGCCGCCGAGCAGCGCAAACGGAGCCACGGCGACAAGGAGGGUUGGCUUGGUGAUGGCCAACACGUGUCAGCAGACCAAGAACGUUGUCAUCUCGAGCGAUGGCAGGAGGUCUACGCUGCAGGUCAGGCAGGGGUUGACGAGCUUUGUUUGGACCGCACCUUGA